AUGCUCCUGGCUGUGAUCCUGACCUCUACCCUGCUCUCCCUCUGCUCUGCGCAGGGCCAAGCAUGCUCGUCCUGGACAGGAAUCUUAGAUGUCAACUUCCUGCUCAAGAAACUGCAGAAAGAUCCAGCAUCUGGAUGCAGCUGCAACAGCCAUGGGACCAGUUGUUUGUGCCUGCCCAUCCCUUCUGACAACUGUACCACACCCUGCUUCCAUGAGGGGCUGUCCCAGAUAAUCAACGUCACCCAGAACACAGGCAGGAAACUGAUUUUCUACCGAGUGAAAAGAGCAGUUGAAGUUCUGAAGUACAACAAGUGUCCAUCUUUUUCCUGUGAACAGCCAUGCAACCAGACCAUGGCAGGUAACACCAUGACGUUUCUGAGGACUCUCCUGGAAACCUUCCAGAAAGCAAAGAGAGGGAUGAGAGGCAAAAUGUGGAGAUGA